CUAUUCUCUCUCGAUCGCUUUUGCCUUGUUCUGCUGCGCUCACUUUUGCUCCUCCCCGCCACCCAUCUACUCUCAGAAACCCCGAUAAAACAAUGGCACUGCGUCUAAAGAUCCAAGACGGCGACUACUCUGUCUGCCGCUUUGUGCCCACAACCGACCUUUCCCAGCUCCUCAACCUCUGCGCCGACGGCUUUUUCUCAAUCACACGCACAAAAGACGAAAUCUCCGUCGUCCGUCCAAGCUUCGCUGGCGAGGACUCCUUGCGCACCACGCACAGCGACUGCAACUACAAGAUCGAAUCCGGCUGGCGCCUGCUUAAAGUCGAGGGUCCGCUGGAUUUCGGCCUGGUGCCGCUGUUUGUCGUCAGCACUUUUGACACCGACUAUGUGCUGGUCAAGAAGGACAGGCUGGACGAUGCGGUUGAUGCCCUGAACCACAACAGCAUCUUUCAUCGACUGAUUUUUUUUACGAAAUAUCAACGAUAUUUGCGC